UCCUCGUGUCACUCCUCCCACUGCCACCGCCACUUGGUGUAUGCAGUAGCGGCGACUUGGUCAAUUUGUGCUGCGCGUCAAGUGUUCGCCAACGUGCCAAGUCCGACGAUUAUGGCAGCGGCGAGAAGAGACGCGAAGGUCGUCAUCGUCGGCUGCGGCAUCGCCGGCAUCGCCGCGGCCGAGAAGUUGCUGAGAUUCGGCUUCUCGGACCUCAUCAUCGUUGAGGCCACGGGUCGUGCCGGAGGCCGCAUUCACAGCACCAACUUUGGCAAAGGCAUUUUUGAGAUCGGUGCAAACUGGAUUCAUGGUCCCUGCAUGGAAAAUGCUGUAUUCCGUGUGGCCAAGAACCAUGGACUUCUGGACCAGAAUGCCCUGCUGGAAGAGAAUCAGCUCGUGGUGGUUGAGGGAAGGCCUCCACCUGGCGAGAGCGAGUAUCGCCUUCCAGGGGGUCAGCAACUCGAUGAGAAGAUGAUUGAGAGCUGCGAAUCCCUUUACGCUGAAAUCCUGCAACGCAGCAAGGCUUUUUUCCAGAGCGGAGAGCCUCUCCCCAAAGGCAUUAAAAGCAUAGGGGGUUUUGUAAAAGCAGAGCUCGUUGAAGCAUUGAAGAACGAACCGCCAGAGGAGCGAGCCAUCAAGUUGGCAGUGAUGAGCGAGAAGCUAAAGUUGGAGUGCGGUAUCACGGGUUCGCACAGCAUGGACGACGUGGACCUGCGGGCGUUCGGAGAGUACCAUGUCCUCCCAGGCCUUGACUGCACAUUGCCAAGGGGUUACCAGUCACUGACAGACAAAAUGAUGAACAUGGUGCCUCUGGGAUGCAUCAUGUUAAAUACACCUGUGGUCUGCAUUCACUGGCAACUGGAGCCCCAGAAGACGGACGGGAAUACAAGACAUCACUCGGUCUGCGUAGAGUGCGAGGGGGGAGACAAGCUGUACGCCGAUCACGUACUAGUCACCAUACCUCUAGGCUACCUAAAGAAACACCACACCAUGCUCUUCAAACCGCAACUUCCUGCUGAGAAAGUCAGAGCUGUUCAGAAACUUGGCUUUUGUACCAACAAUAAGAUCUUCAUGGAAUUCGAGAAGCCCUUCUGGAAUCCCAGCUGCAAGUUGAUUGAGCUGGUGUGGCCAGAUGAGUCGCCUUUCAAGAAGAGGAAGGAAGCCUUUCGGGCCGAGUGGCAGCGCAAGAUAUUUGGCAUUCAAGUUCUGCAUCCGCCUGAGAGGUUUGGUCACGUUCUGUGUGGAUGGAUUGCUGGCAAGGAGUCAGAGUUCAUGGAAACCUUAACGGAAUCUGAAGUGAGGCAGAGGAUGCUUGAAUUGCUGAGGAACUUCACAGGCAAUCCCAAUAUCCCAGCUCCCAAGAGGAUGCUGAUUUCAAGAUGGAACAGUCACCCUUACACACUGGGCUCAUACUCCUACACAGCCCUUGGUUCCUCCGGUGACGACAUUGAGAACCUGUCGCAACCUCUGCCCUCCAGUCAGCAGCGCGGUGUACAGCCGCUGCAGGUGAUAUUCGCUGGGGAAGCAACGCAUCGGCAGUUUUACUCCACCACGCAUGGUGCCCUGGAGAGCGGCUGGCGAGAAGCUGAUCGACUAAUCAAACACUACAGCACCAGCAACAGCAGGCACUUGUCGAAUUCGAAACUGUGAGAUUUCCUACGCGAAGGUUUUACGCUGAAAUAUUAAAACCCCAGGCAGCGUAAACAAACGUUGUGCAUUUUCGGGUUGUGCCGUGCGUUGUUUGGCAUUAUCCGAAAACGCAUCGGAGUGCUGUACAGCAUAGAUGUGGAAACCUAUGCAGUGAGGGUAAAAACUAAAAUGCUAAUCUCGAAGUGUUUUCGAUUUUUAUAACAAAAAGGAUAUUCUACAAAAUCUUUCCACAUGUUUUUGAGAGAUUGAAAUAGUAAUUGAAAUAGUAGAAACUGUAGUGUGAUUAAAACUCUCCAUUACCUCCGUUGUCAUUUGCAAGCAAGCAAUGGAAAUGUUGAAAUAAACACAGGUUGAAUACGCAAAUAUUAUUGCAUGCAUACCCAUAUGGAUUCAGUUUCCCAUUGCAAAUAAAUGCAUAAUAUAGGUAAACAAAAGACUGUAGUACACUAUGGGCUUCAUGUUACACUUUGCCUAUGUCAUGUCAAUCCACUGCUGGAUGAACGCCUCCCAUACCUGCCGCCAUCUCCCGCGAUCAAUGUGUCGUGGCAUAGAAUAAUGGCGUAGCGGCAUAGCGCUGGCUGCUAGCAGAGAAGGGGAUCUGCGGCUUACGGCAGCCCUGACGUCAGCAGGCCACGUGACACACCAGAGGGGGAUCUAGGGGAAAGGUCACAGAAGGGGCGCACCAAGAACCCGCUGGUAGGUUCUAGAAAGGGGGCGUGGCCAGGGGCGCCAGGCCAUGCUGACAGUAAAAGAAGGGCCCCUGUAAGGGACCUCGGGGCUGUUGUGUGGAGUGGGAUCCCCGUGGUGCUGCUGAAGUCUUUGUCACCGUUCUUCUCGUCGUCUUCACCAUCCUUGUCGUCAUCGUCUCCAUCUUCACCAACUCGGGGCGUCACCAGUCAGGCAGCCUACCAACUGUAACUGAGUAACGUCGCCGACAAUAGACGGACGAAUUAUAAAGUGUUAACUCCGAUGGUGCUUGUUAAUAAAGAAGUGCCUCCAACUCUUACAGUCUCCGAGUUAGCCGCUACAAAUGUAACAGUCCUUCCAGCAUCUGCACAUUAGCUGAUUUUAUCGCUCUUAUUUAAUGUCCUUAAUGCCACUAAGGGUGCCCUUUCAAAUGUGUGAAAUGAGAUAUGGCAUAAAGCGCUUUCAGAUGCCCAAGAAUAAAGGCUGCUCAAUCAUCGUCAUUCUAGCAACGAAUGGGUAUGAUUUACAGGAAAUUAUUGAAGAACCCAAUGCAGAAGGCUGCUAAGUUGGGUUCAAGAUAUUUGAGUGGAUCAAAACUUAUUCACAACAGAAGAAAAUACCGUAACUAUUGGGAGGGCACAACGUGAAAAUAACCCAGUACAGUAGGUAUAGCUAGGACGAUUAUUGACACUGAUCAAGGUAAUACAGUAGAGGUGAGCAGCGAGUGCAGGAGUUGGCACUUUUAGAAAAAAAGGAAUGUUAUAACAAGCAUCAGACAUGUGCCAAAUAAACAAAAAAACAUUCAAAUCGGUGCAUAGCCCGUUGACAAAUUCGUUGUAAAAUAUUGACACUUGACAAAGAAAAUUAAGGAAAUCAUUCAACUGAUGCAUAUCGUCAAAUUACUGAUUACAAUUUUUGAUUUCAACGAGUGUGUAAAGUUCUGAUGAUUGUGUUGUUUCUGGCAUUUUAUGAUUAAAAAGUCUUCAGCAAAAUG